AUAGAAAACUGUGCUCCCAACAGUAAUGAAAAAAGAUGUAGGUGCAGAUGAAGAUUUUACUUUGAAAACAUUUCACUCUGCAAAUCAUUUUCAAGUUAAUGAUAUGAUAAAGAUCAUGUACAUAGAGCAGAAUGUUGCCACAAUGAAAGCUCAAUCUGUACAUUAACAGACAGAAGUACAGUGGACCCCCGGUUUAUGAUCAGCUCCCAAUGCGACCAAUUAUAUCAAACAUGUCAUGGCUAUUUGGUAUGAAUCAGCGACCAGAAGACUUUUCACAAUUUGUGCCACCAGCUAGUGCUGUUGGUGGAGGAGGUCCUGAUGGAUCAGGUGACUCGGGAGAUGGCAAGGGAAAAAGCAGUGCAAUGGAAGCUUAUCGUUUUGAUUCUGCUGCUCUAGAGCGAGCUGCUAAAGCUGCCAAGGAUCUAGAAUCUUCAAAGUAUGCUAAAGAAGCUUUGGAGCUGACAAAAAUUCAGGAAGAAACAAAGCAAAAGGAACUUUUAGAAGCUGCUAAGGAAAUAGAGUUAAGAAUAGAGGCAGCUAAGGCUGAAGGAAAGAGAAUUGAACAGGAAGAAAGAAGAAAAACACUUCAAGAGCAAUCAAAAUUAGAUCAGCAGAAAUCCCAAUAUCAAGACCAGCUAGCUCGUAAACGGUUAGUUUAAGAUACGUAUGUGAUAAUUAGCGUGUAAAAUCUAUUAAAUAAUUUCUUCAUGGAGUAAAAAUGGAAAACAAAUGUUAGAUAACCAACUUGCUUGAUUAUGAUGAUCAAUGGACCCUAAUUAGUUUAAAUAUUAUGAUGAUUGUUAUAGAUGCACUCAAAAUGAUGACAGUCCUUGGAGCUAGGAAGAUGAAUUGGUUAUAUUUUAGUUGAAGCUUCCUUGUGC